AGUCCAAAACAGGACUCUUUCCACCAAAAUAUGCGAUCUAUAUUACCCACCAAUUACAGUGUUUCAAGAAUUUACGCCUGGAAAACACCAACAAUGGCUUUGGAAGCCUACUCAUCACAAGCAUCCGAUACAAUCCAUACAGACGUUCUCUCCCAAGCAAGGUUAUCUUGCUACAAGGCACGUGAUGCAUUCUAUGCGUGUAUAGAGAAGGAAUCGAACAAAAAACCCACAGAAAUUGCGUCUGUGGGGCUACUUUACCCAGCGGAAUGCAAGAAAAACCGAGAGGCAUAUGUGAAGCAAUGCAGACCCACUUGGGUGAAGCAUUUUGAUAGGCAGUACUGUGCAAAGAAAAGGGUUCAGAGGCUAUUGGAUGAUAAUGAGUCGAGGAGAGCAUCAUGUAUCCACAAGCAGUGCAUUACCCAGUGCACAGUGGUAGCUUUUGUUCUGCUCAGGGGACACUUGUGUGCAAUAUUAUCAGUCAACAGGUUCUCUGAGAUGUAAAUUUUAUUUUGUUGCUGUCUCUGUUGCCAAGAAACCAUUUUGAAAUCUGAGAAGUCUGAAAAUUCGCUGUCAUUUGUUUGUCGUUCUCAUAGAAUUGUGGUGGUUGUUUUACAUGCCUGAUCGUGCUUCAUACAUAGAUUUGUGGUUCUCAUAUAAUUUUGGUGGUGGCUGAAUGGAGAUCACGUGAUUUUUGUGUUA